GAAAGCUGCUUACUGGGUUACCACGGACUCCGACAAGUGCAGUAUCUGGCCCAACGACAAGCACUUUGCCAGGCAUUUCCUGCAUCUCACCAGCGGCACGGAUGAGAACGUGAAGGAGAGCGAAGAUGCGACGGAAGCCUUCCUUGGGAUGGUUGAACAGGAGACUGCGAGACUCAGGGCUUUAGGCUCGGCUUGA